AUGUCGAUCAAAAGGGCCCUUUCUAAGGCCAUUCGAGGGCGCGGAGAGAACGAUGACUCUUCCGGCUCCAACGUUCGUACCAGCCUCCCCCGAAUCUCCCUGUCCCGCGAUGAGGGUUCGCCCACUGCCUCCCCACGCCGCAGUAUUCUGGGCAACUUCUUCCGCGAUCGGGACUAUGUUUCAUCUUCCGAGGACUUUUCCGAUGAUUCCUCCUCCGGGGCGUUGAGUAAGAACCAACAGAAGCGAUUAGUACGCGAGCAGCGACGCUCAGAGCGGAGUCGUCUCAGCGAGGAGGCCUUCUCGGAAGCGGAUCAUAACCGAAAGGAAGAAGAGAUUGCCAAGGCUGCUGCGGACGAGACACCAGAGAUGAAGGCCAGAUAUGGCGAGCUGCCCUUGAUGCAGUCGCAGGACCGACUGCGGGAGGUGCGCGUCCCACUGGAUGAUAUUACAGCGGAAAUGGUCGGCCAGGAUAUCUUCUUCACGGCUCGACUCCACGUGGUUCGUCGUAUGAGCGCCAAGUUGGUCUUCUUGGUGUUCCGCCAGCAGCUGAGCACCUUCCAGGGUGUCCUGCACGAACGUGCGGGCAUCUCCUCCCUCGCCAUGGUCCAAUGGGCGGAACACCUGCGGGUGGGAUCGUUCGUCCGGGUUCGCGGUAAGCUGCAGAAGCCAGAGGUCCCCGUUCUUGGCUGCAGUAUCCAUGAUGUCGAGUUGGCCAUUGAUUCGGUGCAUCUGCUCGUCAAGCGCGAGGAGCCAGUGCCUUUCAGUGUUUACGAGGCGGAGAUCCGGACCAACGAGGAGGACAAGAUCGAGGGCCGUCGCAGUCAUAUCCCUGACCGGACCCGGUUGACCAACCGUUUGCUUGACCUACGGACAGCAACCUCGCAAGGUAUCUUCCGCCUCCAGUCGGCCACUUGCAAUCUCUUCCGCAGUGCAUUGGAUGAACGAGGGUUCAUCGAGAUCCACACCCCCAAGCUCCAGGGCGCCGCCACCGAGUCCGGCGCUAGUGUUUUCCAGGUCAAUUACUUUAAUCGCCCAGCAUUCUUGGCCCAGUCGCCCCAGCUUGCUAAGCAGAUGGCCAUUGCGGCUGAUUUCGGUCGCGUCUACGAGAUUGGUGCUGUCUUCCGUGCCGAGAACUCCAACACCCACCGCCACUUGACCGAAUACACAGGUCUUGAUAUUGAAAUGGCUAUUGAAGAGCACUACCAUGAGAUGCUUGAGACCAUUGAUGCCACCAUUAAGAAUAUCCUCCAGGGUGUUUACACUAAAUAUCGCCGAGAGAUUGACAUCGUCAAGCACCAGUUUCCAUCAGAGGAUGUCAAGUGGUUGGAGACAACACCCGUGAUUCGCUUCGCUGAUGGCAUCAAGAUGCUCAAUGACUCGGGCUGGCGUGACGAGCAUGGCAACGAAUUGCCCCUUGACGAGGACCUGGCGACUCGCGACGAGAUUCGCCUUGGUCAAUUGGUCAAGGAGAAAUAUGAUACUGAUUACUACAUUCUUGACAAGUUCCCCCGUGGAGCUCGCCCCUUCUAUACUAUGCCUGACCCAGAAGACGAUAAAUACACCAACUCCUUUGACAUGUUCAUUCGUGGACAGGAGAUCGUGUCUGGAGGUCAGCGUAUCCACGAUCCCCACAUGCUCGAGGAGAACAUGCGCGCCGUGGGAAUUAACCCAGAUGACAUGGAGGAGUAUCUCGAAGCCUUCCGCUGGGGUGCACCGCCUCACGCCGGUGCAGGUGUUGGCCUGGAGCGUUUGCUGAUGCUUCUCCUUCAGGUGGGUAACAUUCGACUGACCUCCAUGUUCCACCGUGACCCGAAGAGUCUGCCUGCCAAGCCUCCAGUGCAGACCCUUCGCCACCCUGAAGCAUCAACAACUGAGCCGGUUUGGCUGCGAGACCACCACCGUCGCGUUGCCUCAAGCGUUGAUGAGCUGCCACCCUUGGAGAACAUUGUUGCCAACUACGGUGACGCAACCUCGACGUCUUGGUUCGAUGACCGAUACAAGAUUUGGCGUGAUAUGAGCACAGGUGCCGCCGUCGCCUAUGUACCUAGCACCAGCAACUUUGUGAUUGUCCCUGGUAACCCAGCGUGUGAUCCCAGUCAGUACACUCGUACCAUCACACAAUUCCUCCAGUGGCUUCGCCGCGAGACCAAGUACAAGCCUGUCUGGAUUCUCUGCUCUCCUGAAGUGGAGACCAUCCUCGGCGAGCGAUUGGGAUGGCGCAGUCUGUCCUGUAUUGCCGAGGAGCGUGUUGAUCCUCAACGCAACCAGGCUGCAUCUGACGGAGAGCUUGGCCGCAAGCUGCGUAAAGCCGAGUCUGAAGGCAUCAAGAUUGUCGGUUUCAACCUGGGCGAGCUUCCCAGCGAAGAGGUGCGCAACCAAAUUGACGGACGUAUCCAGGAGUGGCUUGCAAAUCGCAAGGGCACGCAGGUUCACUUGUCGGAGAUCCGGCCAUGGUGUGACUCGGAGCACCGCUGGUACUUCUACGCCCAGGACAAAGAAGGCAAAAUCUGUGCCUUCGUUGCGCUGGUCAUGAUCUCCCCCGCUCAUGGCAUGCAAGUCAAGUACAGCUUGGACUUCCCCGGUGCCCCCAAUGGUGUCAUCGAGUACAUUGUCACUCAUGCCAUCCAGACCGCUGCCAAGGCGAACGUCAAGGGUCUUACCUUCGGUGCUGGUGCUACCGCCCGCAUGACUCCAGGCCACAACCUGCAUGGCACCAAGAUCAAGAUGCUGGAGCACACUUACGAAGCUCUCGCCAAGCAAUUCCACCUUGUGCGUAAGAGUGAGUUCCGCGCCAAACUUGGUGCCGUUGAGGAUCCUCUCUACAUCGCUUACCCAUCGCACGGCCUUGGUUCCAAGGGUAUCCGUGCUAUUCUGAACUUCUUCGAAGAUUAA